AUGCAAUCCACCCAGUGGCGCUGCGAAGCUUGCAAUGCUUCAUUCCAGCGGCCCGAGCACUAUCAGCGCCACAUCCGCACUCAUACCAAGGAAAAGCCCUUUGCUUGUGUCGAGUGCGGUCAACAGUUCAGUCGAGUAGACUCACUUGCUCGCCAUCACAGCACAAGACAUGAACACAUCGUCCCCAAUGGCAGCGCGCAUACCAGUGAGCGACGCCGGGUAGCGCAGGCAUGCAAGCAAUGCAACUUGUCCAAAGUUCGCUGUGACGGACAGAAACCGUGUCAGAGGUGUCAGAAAAAUGGGGCCAACUGUGUUUACCAGUCACCCCAGAAGCGCAAGCUCGCGAAUGCUGCUGCUACAACGCACCCUUCAAUCUCAAAACGGCACCGUGGUACAGCUACACCUCAGAACUGGGAAUCUUCUCUCACACCGGAAUCAACCCAGCUCCCAGAGGACAUUAUUUCACCACCACCACCUACCAUGCAUUCAAUGACUCAACUGCAGCCUACAACGUCAAGAGUAAAUGCCAGGAGCAUGGAAAACGUGGAGGCGUAUGGAAGUGGCAGUCACCUUACGAACCACGUUCCAGCAACUACGCACGAGAGUACACCGGCCUUGCUCGCCACCGAUGCGAUGGGGUUUGAGAGCUUCCUGGGCCUUGACAUCGAUGCUAAUGUGUUAUCUGGUAUCCUAGAGCAGACCCCUCCAUUGAACGAUGGUCCGAAUGAUUUGUGGUUGGCCUCAGCAGAGACGGAGUCCUCAUCUUCCCCUUUAUAUACAGUCUCGAGGGUAGCUCGUCCAUUCUUACCGUUGACACCAAGUGUAGUUGCCGAAAUCUACGGUUAUGAUCACUCUCUGGAAAUUGACGAAGCCAUGGAACCAAGACGGUAUUCCCCAACUGCUAUCACUAUCGAUGCGCAGCUGUCCUUCCCAGACAUGGAGGGCCUGCCUAUAGAACGAGUGGACGAAGAGAACUUUGCCCACGUGAACGACGUGCCUGCUGCAGCGGUGGAAGAAGUACAUCGUGUGGCGCGGGUCAUGCAAGGAAACCCGACCUUUCCACCAUUCACUGAGCUGAAAAUUCCACCCUUGCCAGUAAUCAAUUCUUGGGUGCAGCUGUACUUUGAGCACUUCCAUCCUGUUUUCCCUAUAUUGCACAAGCCGUCUUUCUGUACACCGGGCACGCAUUGGCUCCUUAUCUUUGUCGUGAGUGCUAUCGGCGCUCAAUUCUCCGGGCUCCCACAUGCGCAGACCUGUUCGAGAGCUAUGCACGAGCUGGUGAGACGUCAGUCCAUGCAUCUGUGUGAGAAUUUGAAUGUACAUGCCCGGGAGCUGUGGCUUAUGCGGGUCUUCCUUCUCAACCAACUGGGGCUGCGAUACUCUGGCGAACGGAGGGCCCUAGAAGUCGCUGAAGUGUACCAAGCGGUUCCAGUUACCGUGGCUCGGCGAAGUCAGAUCUUCAGAAGCAUUGUAUCCCUCCAGAAAAUCCAUCAGCUAGAGCUUCCAAAUGCCCAAAAAUGGCAAAUCUGGACUCUGGAUGAGGAGAGGCGACGCACCGGUUACGCUAUCUGGGUUACUAGCGAUACAGCUUUCUCCAUACAUUUUGAUUUGUCGUCUAUAGUACGGGAUGAUGAGAUGCAGAAUACCCUGCCCCAGGAAGAGGAGCUCUGGGAAGCGGCGACAGCACAGGGCUGGGCUAUUUUCCCAAAACACACAAGCCGAAAUAAACCCUCUACAUUGGAGCACAUUGCUUCUGAUAGAAACUGGUCGGCUGUCUGGCGUAAAACUGGCACUCUUGGGAAGCAAGCUAUUAUUCAGCUCCUACUCAAUGCCGUCAGUGGUUACCAGAACUUCCCAGGAUCCUCAUCAUCUGAUCUAAGUGAAGUGGAUAGAGAUUUGAGACAACUCUUGGAGAUCACAGAGAAUGAGGAAGAAUGUUCCUCCCAUGAGCUCAAAGUCUGCGCGACUCACAGGCUCAUGAUUCUCUAUGCCCUCAUGGUCAACAAUAUCCCGAAACUGCCAUUACUACCUACAGCAUUGAAGAUCAAGGGCCGGCAGCUGAGUGAGUUUGACUUGGGCAAAAUAGCUGAUGAAUGGGGCGCUGUGUCACAUAAAGGAAGAUCAGCCAUCUUUUACGCCGCACGGGUACUCGAAACCGUGCGAUCCCAUCACUGUGCACAUUUUUCCACCCCCGUCUUCUUCUUCAGAGCCGCUCUAGUGAUAUGGCUGUACUCUUCACUCUGCAACCCCCAAUGCUACCCUUCUCCCGCGACUGAGGCGCCGUCUAUUACCCUCCGUGCCCCGGAAUGGGGUGGCAUGAGCGCUGUUGAAUGGAUCAACACUGGCUGGGGCCGCAUCAAACUGCCCGGAAUUGGUGACAUCAUGUCUGAUCGAGGCCGCUCCAGAUUCUUAGACGAAUCAAUCUUGAGCCUCAGAGCGCUGAAGUACUGGGGUAUCAGUAGGAUCUAUGAGCAAGUUCUGACACGACUACGAGCGCCCUAA